UGUACACUUGCCGCUAGAUGGCAGUUGUACUUUCGGUUUUGUAGACUUCUUGUCCGCUCCUUAACAGUUAACUGUAAUAUCUGUUUUAUCCUCUCAAGAAACCUGGUAUAGCGUACAAAGAUAAAGGAGGAGAAAGAUAGUUUAGAAGUAUGAAGUGCUCCAGCAGCACUUGUGGUGCUGAGGGGCAAAGCAGAUUUUGCCCGGAAUGUGGAUCAAAGAUGGUAGAGGAGGUAAAGACUGAUACUGUGGUAAUUUGUAAUGGUAAACUUGAUGGGAAGCCUUGUCAGUCGGAACUAAUACCGGGACUGAAAUUCUGUACAAACUGUGGAACCAAAGUUGACCAGUCACUGUUCAACAUUCAAGAGGAGAGAUGUAGUAAUUGCAGCAGCCUCCUUCUCCCUGGGAAACUAUUCUGUGCAGAGUGUGGUCACAGAAAAACAAUACCAAGUCAACCCAUAAUUAUCCAAAAGGAAAUGAAACCAGCAAAAGGUGUUGCCAGUAUUGCAGGAGAAGUAAAUAAAAGUAGAUUAGAUGCUGGUGAAAUGAGCAGAAUACAUUCUGGUGACAGUGGGCCAAAAGAGAAUGCAAAUGAUGAAGAGUCUGAAAAUAAAAAUUUGCAUAAGACGGAUGCUAGAGAUGCUGCUAACAUAAGCAGCCAGUCAACAGUUGAACAUUCCACGUCUGCAGGAAUGGCAGAAAUGGAAACUGCAGUAAAUACUCAGUCAUCUGAGAAAAUGAACCAUCCUGGGACACCGGAUGUUAGAAUCCAUGAUGGAAAUGAUAUGGAUACUUCAAGUCCCAAUGAAGUAAAUAGAAAUAUUACUAGUAUGGAAGCUGGAGAUAGUGGUACUUCUGGAGUUAGUGAUAAAGAAAAGGUUGAUAAAACAACAGAAGCCAAAGAAACUGAAAAUGGCACAUCAAGCAGUGAUAUUGGAAUUCUUGAUGGUAGUGGCACUGAAGAUGAAGCUAGCAGCCCAAAGGAAGAAAAUAAAAUGCCGACAGGAAACCUGAACAUCAUCCCUUCAAGUCCUAAUGCAGACUUACUGACAAAGUUUGAAGAUGUAAAUUUGGACAAUGCAAAUGCAGGGAAGGUAACCAUUAUUGAUGAAACAAAGAAUAGUCAAACAGAAGAAGGGGUUGAAUCUGCAGAUACAGAAAAUGAUUCUGAAUGUGAUAGUGAUGAGUCUGAGGUUAAAGAAGAUACGGCAACUCCAACAGGUACUCUUGAUUCACAGGGCAUGGAUGGUCUGCAAAUAAAACGUAACAAAAAGCAAAAGGAAAACAAGAAAAAAAGGAAAAAAGAAAAAGAUGCAAAAGAAUCUGGAGGUACUGAACGAUAUGACUCUGUCAACACAGAAAUAAAAAAUGGAAACAGCUCACAAAACACAUUACAAAACCAAAACAUUACUGAACCAAAGUCAAGAUCAACCAAGACAGAUGUGGAGUCUUCAGAGAUGCAGAAACCAGUAUUUGGACAAGGGGUGGGCUGGGGAUUAAAUCAGAAAGGUACUUCAGUUGAAGUGACAUCUCCACAAAAAAGUAGCUUGUUUGAAUUUGACAGAGGUAAAGCAGGUACUCAGGAAUCAGUCAGACCAGCAGAGGUGAAAAGUAAACAAAGUGUAGCCUCAGAAACUAUGGAAAAUACAAACAACAAUCAGCCAGAAGAAGAAGAAAUGGAAGAAGAAAAUGAUAAUGAUGAAGGUUCAAGUGUUGAUCAAGUGUUAUCAAGAAGACAAAGGAGAAAUUUGAAAAAGAAGACACUGAAAGAAGAAGCUGAACAAAAGGAUGCCAAAGACAAAGAAAACAAGAACAAGAACAAAAAUCAAACACCAAAGGCAUCUGAACCUGGAGCUGCAACUGGAGCCAAAGGAAAUAGGGGAGGAACUUUGAAGCAGGCAACCGUAUACUUCCAUGCUUUAAUUAGUGAAGAUUUCAAGUUUGAUCCAGAGAAGAACAAGGUUAUCUUAAGAAUGGAAGACAAACAAGGAAAUUGGAAUAACAUGUCAAAUGUUUGUACUGUUAAAAACAGCAGCCUGUCUGAAUAUGUAUAUGAAAUAGAAUUCAAAAUGAAGGUUCCAGUGUCACAACUGACAGGGAAAAGGGUGCAGUACAAAUAUACAGUAGUGACGGCUGAUAAAGACAAAGAGACAUAUGUUUGGGAACAUUAUGUAAGAGAACCGUAUUACAAAAAUACUCCUAAUUCAGGUGCAGGUGUAAACAGAAUUCUGUCAAUACAAGACAAAUGGAAAAAUUCAGAUGAAUGGCAUCAGUAUGAUGGAGUCAUAGAAAAGGUACCAUCAAGACUGACGAGUGUAUUUUUCUCGUGGAAGAAGGAACUGGUAAAGCAUGCCAAGAAAAGUGUGCAGUAUUUCAGCAACAAAAUCUUAGAAGCAGAGGAUUCCAAGUAUUCCCUUACCUAUGUCUUGGAUCAGCUUGAAAUCUUGCUAUCAUGUAUGAAGAAAAUAUAUUUUCAAGAUGCAAAAUGCUGGGAACAACACAAAGAAGGCCAGUUUAAAGAAGAGAUUGGUGACUGUCUCUUAGAAGUGAUGUUGGAUAAAGUAAAAGAUGUACCUAGAGGGAAAGAAGUUUGGGAUGAAUUGCGUGAGAGACAAGUUACAAUGGCUGUAGCCACUGUAUAUGCUGCAAAGAAGUUAUCUCUUUCUUUUAAUAAUACAAAAAGAUGGCAUAAAAUUUGUGACUAUCUCAUUUUACGACCAGAUUUUGUGAAAAGGGAAUGCUUUGAAAUAUCUGUAGUUGAGAAGUACUUUCCAGAAAAGAGGAAACAGGUGAAAGAAGCUUUUGUGUCACUGGCACAAGAGAUAGCAAACACAUCAAAGGAUCCAUCAUGGCUUUUUCUGAUGCCUUGGAUACAUUUUUUGUCAGAAUGGUGCAGUCCUUUUGAAAGUCCUUCCUUUGAUGUCAAACAUGAUAAGAAGGAGCCACUAUGGUGGGGUUUAUCUGUAGCCAUGGACAGUUCAGUUACAUAUUUUACUGGCAAAUCAGACAAGUGGACCAUUUCCAUAGAAAAAGUUCUCAGUUUACUAGAACCAUUGUUUGAAGUGGAUUAUCUUCUGGCCAGAACUUUCAUAACAGCUGUUGAACUCAAGGAAUUGAUGUCAGUGGUCAAAACAGGAAAAUUUCCAGCAGAAGUUGUUCUUGCAAACUUGAUUUUCUAUGUCAGGAAAACAAAGCCUAGAUAUUCCUACAGUGACUAUGCAACAACUGAGGAAAUGUGCCUUAUGGAAUGCAUCUCUGCUUACUUGGAGGUUUCUACAAAAAAUGCAGACAGAAAAGAAACAGUUGAUCAGAGCAAAAUGAGGUGCUUCUUUUCACAACAGCUUGUAAUAGAGAGCACCAACACAGAUAAGACUAACAUGAUGCUUUCUUCUGUUGGUCUUAUGUUGCAUUACCUCUCAUGUUUUGAGAUCACCAAUGACAUGAAAACAAAUAAUCAAAGAACCUAUGCUGUGAACAUUCUAAAACAGUGUCUGCCAGAAAUUAUUAAAUGGAUGGAUACUCACAUAUGGAGCUGGCUCCACUACAUGGAUAAAGUUCUAGCGUGUUGGAAUGGUCUCUAUGCACCUGAAAAACUUCAGUCAGAGUCUAUUAGAGAAAUAUGGAAUGAAGGGAUAACUAAAGCACUUAUAGACAGGUUGCAAGGAAAGAUCUGUAACGAUAACUGGAUGAUGACCACAUUUGUUCAGCUGUAUUGCAAAACAGUAGAUACAUAUCACCCAUAUAUGCAAGACUGCAUGAGUAAAACGGCUUUUAAGGCUAUUGAAAAGGGCUAUGCUGUUGACUAUGAUAGGUUUAACGAGUAUGAAAUCAAACGAUUUGGUGAUCUUCUGUCAGAUUUGUUCUUGAAAGAAUGGAACAAAAGCAUCAGGACAAGAGAUACAGAGAAAGACAGUCUGAACCAUUUUCUGAAGUGGCCGCCAUUUAUGCAGUUUGUUAAAAUAUAUGCCAAAGGCCAAGAGAAGAUGAAACUUUUGUCAGAAGAUUGCCAUGAACGACUGGUACAAGCAGUGUCCGUUAUUCAAAGUUGUAUUUCAUCACUUUUGUCUGGUGAUAUCACAGUUGGCAACCUACUUCUAGUACAGUCAAAGGACAUCAACUUUCCAGAGCUUGCAGACCUAGUAAAACUUGAUGAUUUACACAAUAAGGCCUUCAUAAUGAAAGCAAUACAAAUAAGACAGAUGGAAAUGGAAGCGUUUCACAAGCAGUCACAGCUAAUGACAACUCUAACUUCUCUUUGCCAACAUCUUGGAAAUAUUGAUAGGACGUCUGUUGACAACACAUUAAAGAAACAAGAGCACAUUGAGAUCUAUAAAGUGAAAGAGUUCUGCAAACCUGCUGAUAUAAGUAAGGUAGCAGAUGUGAAGACAUUCCAGGCAAUGUUGUGUGCAUUUCAAGUGUCACAAGUUGUCCUAGAUUUGUUGCCAAGUCUACAAGCGUGCAGUGAAAGCAGUAUUUUCAUGAUGUUCUGGAUUGCUGAAUGUCAAAGUGUGACAGACGAUUCUCCCAGUCUAAAUGACAUAGUGCCGCAAGUUUGGACAACAGCUAAAAACAGGUGGGAUAAAAAAGCAAAUCAAAUAAAGACAGGAGAAAUUAAGUUCCGAGAUUUUGAGAAAGUACUUGGAAACAGGUACAAAGACGACUAUGAGAGAAUGGCAGUUGAAAUGAAAUCUCUUAAACUUUCUGACAAAGAUAUAAGAAAACGGAUAGAUCAGUUACAGAAAUACAGGCAGCUGGAAGCAUGUACAAAAGGAGCAAAGACUAUACUUGAAUUUGCCAGGGAUUAUAGCCUUGAGGGAGAUUUUGAGCAAAUUAGGAUUAUCGCAAAUCAUGGAGAGAGUGACCUAGAGAUGAGAUCAUUUGAUGACAGUGUGAUGAAUGCCUGUGAUUUUCUCAAGGAACUCACUCCUCGAAGAGGAAAAUGUCUAAAGAUGUUUGUGACAUGUAGACCUUUGGUCCAGUGGCUUAAAGAAUCGAUGAAAAAAUCUGGAUUGAAAGAAUUGAAAGUGUUUGUUGACCUAGCAUUCAUGUCCGCUGGAGACGAGCCAAUCAACAUUGCACGUGUUCAGUGUCUGCACUCAGCUGUAACAGGAUACGCCCCACUCAUAUUUGACCUUGACGAGAAGAGUGGAUACAGGGAGCUGUUGAACCUUUGUGCUGUGGUUUGGAAGGAGCUUGAUGCUAAUCCUAAACUACCUGACAAAUUGCAAGACACAAAUCGUCAGCUACAGUGGCUCAAAGAGAUCAAGAAAGCCCAUGGUUCAGUAGAAGUUACCUCCCUUAUGCAAGCUGAGGCCAUCAAUGCCAAUGGAAUAUUUACAGUUGGAAAAAAUGCAUGGAAAAGGGAACGUGUAGCACAGAAAACUGAUGAAACUUUAAUGGUUGUGGCAGACAUUAUAAAGUUAACUGUACCAGAACAAGAAGGGAAGAGUCAGUUAAGGAACUACACAUUCUCUCAGUGCCAGGACCUGCAGAGCCGACUCAUGCUGGUAGCAGGGAAGGCAGAGAAAGGAACUGACAGUGUAGACAGAUUCACCAUGAUAUUUGACAGUAUAACACGCCUUAGCAGUGUAUACAUGAAGCUUUGUUCAUCUGGAUGUGUACUGUUUAAAGACUGGACAGCAAGGUUCCUCUGUUAUCCAAAGCCAGACCGCCCAGUCUGUGCUAUUUUAGAAUUUGGACAAGGUGACAGAGUACCCCAGUUAAAGGGAAGAAGAUCGCCUAAGGAGGACUUGAAGGAAAUAAUUCCUGAACUUGCUAAGUUUAUGGAAUGUUGUCUAGAAGAAUGGCUUCAACACAUCAAGGAGAAACGCAAGAACUUUCUUCACUUGAACUAUUAUACGGUAGAUCAACUGGUUAUCCUUCAAAGAGAACUGGUCAAAAUGGGGACAGAGUCAGAACCAUCACACCUGGUAUACCCCCUGUUGUCGGCAGUAAAGGAAGACUGCACACCAGAUGACUUGCUGGAAGCAAUGGCUGCUGCUAAGGAAGAGAUAGAUGGUGAUGCGGAGAUGGAAGAAGAAAGUGGAAAUGAUAGUGGUACUGAUGAGGUGGAAAUGGCGGCUGAUGCAACAGACGAUGAGAAAAAACAGAACUUUGUACAUGAGCUUGUCCUAUCAGGUUAUGAGGAGGCGCUAGCGUUCAGGGCACUGGAGUUUAUUAACCCCGAGGAUGUAACUGCUGGUAUUGUCUGGUGUAUGGACCAUGAAGAAGAUAACUUUUAUCAGCCUCAAGUUGAGAAUGAACCAGUGAUAGAGCAGUUUACACAGCGACCUACCUUCAGUGGCUGGAGUCAAUCACAGACUGACAUACAAACCAUGAUCACAGCUAACAUAUCUGGAUUGAAAAAGCAGAAUGAUGUUGGUUCAGCACCAUUGAUCAGUGAUCUCACAGCAUUAUGGAAGCAGUUUCUGGAAUCCAUAUCUUCAAAUAUACGAGACUAUCUUAGUCUGGAACAUCUUGGUCUUAUCCUGAAGUAUCUUGCGAGAAAAGAUACCAGAGAAAUAUCCAGAUCACUGCCACCAGGGUUCAAGGAAGGUCAACCUAACCUGAUCAUUUGUCCCUCAGGAGAUGUAUUGAUGACCACACUAUCUGUAUAUAAGAUGGACAAAGACCAGCCAUUACCACAGUCAGAUGAAAUACUGGUGUGUACUGCAAACACAACAAGAGAUGAAGUAGACAUAUUUUGGAGGAGAGCUAUAUUUGAUGGAGCUAGAAAGAUCCAUUGUCUGGUGAAUGCCGACAUGUUGGAUUAUGAUGUUAGUGAAGUGGCUGAGAGAUGCCUGGAGGAGUAUCUCCUUGAAGUUCACUACAAAGAUUUGAAAUAUCGUUUGCUGGUUAUCUGUGGGUCAGACAAUGAAUACAGGUCUACUAUAGUAUCAUCUCUCGACAAGUUCAAGAGACAACCAUUACCUGCAAAUACCACACAUCUGAGAGAGUACUUAGCUAACAAACUUGCGAUACAACAGCGUACCAUAGCAAAUAUCAAACCUGCUGCUGAUGUUGAUAAACAGAGGUCUACUGUACGUGUGAUCAAGUCUUGGAGAGCUGGUGUGGGAAAGACAUUGUUUAAACACAGGAGGGAAGAGGAAUUGUCAAGCCUGAAUAGAGUGGAAGUCAGGUCAGACACUGUGUCUAUCCCACUACAGGAGAAAACCAUAGAUCUCCAUUAUGUCAUUCAAAGACUUUUAGAACAUACAACACGUCCAGAGGAGGUUACUGCCAGACUGUUUCAUAUAGAUGUAUCUCAUGAGGUGGAGAAUGGUGUAGAUUAUCUACUGUUCAACCUGCUUGUGCUUGGGUGUCUGAUGGACAAGACUGGAUUUGUGUGGAGAAAAUCCCCAACUGACAUCUACCUGAUUGAGACGAUGCCUUUAAUGUAUCAAGCUACAAAUAGAAAGGGAGCAGACCUUGUAUAUGUACAUCCAAUGUUGAGUAUUUUACCGGACUUGACUUGUAAAUCACCCCAGGAAAGCCUGCAGAUCUAUCUCGGUGUUAGGCCACAUGACUUCAAAGAGUCAGAUCAGUUGUUUGAUGAAAAACAGUUCAGAAGUUCAGUUUUCCAAAGAACAUUCCAGUAUUUACUGCGGCUGGACCAGAGGAAACAACUUGGUGACGUACAGCCUUACAACCCAGAAGGAAGUCCACAGACUUGUCUGCAAACAUUACUAAGGCAUUGUGGACUGGAGGAUCCAUCCUGGUCAGAGCUUCACCAUUUUGUUUGGUUUCUCAACACCCAGCUGGUGGAUUUUGAAAACAACAUGUUUGUGAGUGCUGCUGCUGCAGAAGAUCUUCCAGGCUUCUCCACAUUUGUUCUGAGAUUCCUGAUUCAGAUGUCAAGGGAUUUUUCUACACGAUCAUUGGAUAUGAGUGAAGAAUCACCUGGGAUUAGACCAGAACCUCGAGUUAGAGAGGAGCGUAUGGAUGAUGGUGAAGGGGAGGACACUGAGGAAAAUGGAGAUGACUUACAGGCUUACCAGAUGAGAAGGACCUGGGAAAGCAGUCCACAUCCCUACUUGUUCUUCAACUCUGACAGAUUUACAUUUACCUUCCUUGGAUUUUUCAUUGAUCGAGGUUCAGGAAACUUGAUUGACCAGCAGACAAGAACAGUACUUGAAAAUGGAAUAAUGACACAGAAUCUGUAUGAUUCACUUGUCAGAAACCAUGCUCCAAUGCAAGAAAAUUUUGAUGCUCUUCCAAGAGAUCAGAAAAUCAUGAAGUUGUGCAAUGUCAUGGGGAUUGAGUUUCCCGAAGACCCAGAUGAUACAUACGAGUUGACCACAGACAAUGUGAAGAAGAUUAUGGCCAUCUACAUGAGGUUCAGGUGUGAUAUACCAGUUAUAAUCAUGGGAGAGACAGGGUGUGGUAAAACAAGACUAGUCAAGUUUAUGUGUUCUUUACAACAGCCACCAGGAGUAGAAAUGACCAAUAUGAUACUAAUGAAGGUCCAUGGUGGUACAACAAAUAGAGACAUUAUAAAGAAAGUGAGAGAUGCUGAACAAAUAGCUAAAAAGAACAAAGAGACUUAUGGAGAUAAUAUGUAUACAGUGUUAUUCUUUGAUGAGGCUAAUACAACAGAAGCUAUAGGACUAAUUAAAGAAAUUAUGUGUGACAAAAGUAUGGAAGGAAAGAAACUGAAACUGUGUGAAAACUUGAAGAUGGUAGCUGCCUGUAACCCAUACAGAAAACACUCUGAAGAGCUUAUCAAGAAAUUAGAGCAGGCAGGACUUGGGUAUCAUGUCGAUGCUGAUGAGACAACAGACAGACUGGGUCGUGUUCCAAUGCGACGUCUGGUGUACAGGGUGCAACCCCUGCCACAGAGUUUACUACCACUAGUGUGGGACUUUGGUCAGCUAAAUACACAAGUGGAAGAUCUGUAUAUCAGACAGAUGGUCAGAAGAUAUAUACGUGAGGAGAGGUUACCAGAGAUACCAGGUCUGAUAGAAGUUUCCAGUGCCAUACUAACUGCAUCACAGGACUAUAUGAGAGAACAAAAGGAUGAGUGCAGCUUCGUGUCACUGCGUGAUGUUGACCGUGUACUGACAGUGAUGAGCUGGUUCUACCAGCAGAGUCAAGAGGAUCGAACCUUGUACAAUCUUAUGGAUGACAAACUGUAUGGAGAUGAUGAUUAUUCAUCUUCAGAAGAGGACAUUGAUGAGGAAGGUGAACAGAUGAUAAGAGAUGAUGGAGGGGGUGACAGAGUUGAUGAAGUAACCCGCUCUCUCAUACUUGCACUUGGUGUGUGUUAUCAUGCCUGUCUGAAAACAAGACCACAAUACCGUACACAGAUUGCACGAUUUUUCCGUGCUCCUUGUCUACUGCCUGGUGGUGAUGAUCAGAUACAAGAGGAAAUAGAAAGUUGUCAAGAGGUUUUCCUUGAUCAUGUUCACUUGGAGAAGAAUAUUGCUCGUAACAUGGCUCUGAGGGAGAAUGUCUUCAUGAUGGUCGUAUGUAUAGAGUUACGAAUUCCCCUAUUCCUUGUUGGAAAACCUGGAAGUUCGAAGUCACUGGCCAAAACUAUAGUAUCUGAUGCUAUGCAGGGCAAUGCUGCAAGAGAAGAACUGUUCAGGGAACUGAAACAGGCUCAAAUGGUCUCAUUCCAAUGUAGUCCACUGGCAACCCCAGAUGGUAUUGUUGGCACAUUCAGCCAGUGUGCUCAGUUCCAGAAAGAUAAAGAUUUGGACACGUUUGUCUCCAUUGUUGUCCUUGAUGAAGUUGGAUUAGCAGAAGACAGUCCUAGAAUGCCACUCAAGACACUACAUCCAUUGCUAGAGGAUGGUUGCCAAGGGGAUGAAAAACCAGAGAAGCACAAAAAGGUUGCAUUUAUUGGUAUAUCAAACUGGGCAUUAGAUCCUGCCAAGAUGAAUAGAGGAAUUCUUGUACAGAGAGAAGUACCGGAUUUGGAUGAAUUGAUCAACAGUGCUACUGGUAUAUGCAGUACAAAAGAUAAAUUGGGCAACUGGAUCAACCCAUUAAUAAAACCCAUGGCCAUUUCUUACUUAGAAAUAUUUCAGAAGGCCUCACAGAGUAUGAGAGAAUUCUACGGACUGAGGGACUUCUACAGCUUGGUUAAGAUGGUGUACAGUUUUGUUGAGAAAUCCAAACAGAAACCAACCUGGCAUGAGAUGUUACACGCCAUCAAGAGAAACUUCGGUGGCCUUGAUCAAGUCAAUCCAGUGGAGAGCUUCAGGAAGAACCUGACCACUAUUGUCCAUUUUGAAAAAACGCCAAAGCACACAGAUCCUGAUUGCACACCAGCUGGCCUGGUACAAGCUUGUCUGUUUGAUACAAAUAAAAUGAAAAGUGAGAGCAGAUACCUACUGUUGUUGACAGAGAACUAUGGAACACUGACCAUCAUACAACAACAGAUAUUGUCAAGGAGCAGUGAUAUCAGACCUAUUACCAUAUUUGGUAGCAGCUUCAGAAGUGACCAGGAAUAUACACAGGUAUGUCGGAACAUUAACAAGAUCAAAGUAUGUAUGGAGACAGGAAACACAGUUGUUUUACUGAAUCUAGAGAACCUGUACGAAAGUUUGUAUGAUGCCCUAAACCAGUACUAUGUGUAUUUUGGUGGAGAAAGAUAUGUUGAUCUUGGACUGGGAACACAUAGAGUCAAGUGUCCAGUACACAAGAACUUCAGACUGAUAGUUGUAGCAGAGAAGCAGACAGUAUACAAGAAGUUUCCAAUACCGUUGAUCAAUCGUCUUGAGAAACAUUUCCUUACAAUCAACACCAUGCUGUCCUCCGAACAACAGCAGGUUGUGAAAAAGUUAGAAGAAUGGGCUAAACAGUUUGUCACACAGAGAAAUGUUGGUUAUGCACAUAGGGGUAACAAAGCGGCAACAAAAGUUGGAGAUGUUUUCAUUGGCUACCAUGAGGACACAUGCUCAGCUAUUGUUCUAGAUGUUUGGGACAAACAUGAACAUAUAGAAAACGAGAAGGAUAGGGAUACACAGGUUUUACAAGAAGCAAAGUCAGUGUUGCUAUGGUGUGCCACACCUGAAUCCCUGGUCAGACUAGACCACAGUAGUCUGUCUAACCAAGAGAAGACUUUGCACAAUAAAUGGUAUUUCACUAGACAAGCACAUGACAGUCUGAUACAGUAUGUAAAUGUGAAAAUUGUACACCAACAAUGCAAACAACUUUUUGCUCAGAUAACUACCCAUUCCAAACUAAUGGCAGGUGUCCACAAGGGAGAAAUCAGUAAGGCAACAGGAAUAAAUGUGGAGAGAAUUCUUUUACUGGAAACCCUGUCUUCCUUUGAUACAGAACAGCAGUUUAGUAACAGAAUCCAGCAGCACAUUCAGAGUACAGGCAAAGAUCCAAGCCUGAUGGUAAUACAGUGUGACUCUGGUGAUGUGAAUGCCAAUUUGAUAGCUUGUGCCCGUUACUGUGUCAUGGAUGAAUUUGAAAAAAUGCGUGAUGAGCUACGAGCACCAGUACAUGUUGUUUUCAUUGUUCAGCUUCCUAGAGGAGCCUCAUUCACUGGAUUUCAGUGUGGCAUUUGGCACUCAGCACAUAUAGAUGACUUGUACACAGCAGACAUGAAUAUGCCUACUCUACAAGAUAUGCAAGGAAAGUCAGUGGCUAAACUCUUCACUGAUGCCGUAGUGGAACCUUCUGCUAUGGAAACUGACGAAGAAAUCCCAAGAGAAACUAGUCCUGGAGCAGAGGAAAUGGAUUGGAGUGAAGCUGAAGGCAGACAUGUACCACAGAGACAGAGAAUGGAUGAAGACAUGAUUACAAAUGACCUUGAAAAUAGACUGAGGGAUGCACCACUGCAGUUAGAUGAUGUACUUCUAGAUUUAAGAAAUGUUGAUAAACAUGGUGGUGAAGGUUUCAGUCAAGGUUAUGGUCAACAUAGACUAAAUGUAAAAGGACUAAUAUUAGCUUGUGUACAGGCAGCACUGUCUAUGGUGAAAGAUAAAGAGGAAAAUACAAGUAAAGAAACAGAUAGAGUGGCACUUGUUUUGAAACUACUGCAUCAAGAACAAGUAGAAGGCCAUGUGUCCUUCCUGCAUGGAAUAUGUUGUCUGAUAGCCAAACUUCUGAAGGAGAAGGAAUCAAAGACUCAUGUUGCUCACAUGGCACAUCACUGGCUGAUCAACGAAGCUGCUGCUUCGGAAAAUAUCAAUAAAGCAGGAACAUUUAGACGUUCAUGUAUUCAGACGCUGGAAAAUAAGGUAUCACCAAUUUUGGCUGGAAUUAUAGCUUACUUGGACACUAAUGACAACUUGAAGAUACUACAAGAGGAACACUGCCAGUGGAAACAAGAAUUAUGGCUCACUUUCCUUAAUACCGUAGAUGCCAUCAAUCUGCAGUUCACAGAUUUACAAUCACCAAUAAGACAAAGUGACCUGCCAGAGGUAGUUGUCAUGACAACAGGAAGUGAAGGCCACAUGUUCAGUGCUUGGAUGCCCUUCUCUUGGCUGAUGAUUAACCAAAUCAAUGAAAUCUUAAAGUUACCUCACCCAGCUUCAGACUCAAAUGAUCUUGAAGAUGGAGUUGAGGCUAUUAUAAAAACAGAGACAUUAGUGAAAGUCCUGAGUGAGCAUGAACUUGGAAAAGUACUUGACUGUGUAUCUCAAGAGAAUAUUAUCACAGAAGCUGUAAAUGAAUACAUACAUGACUUUGUACACACAAUGUACAAUGCCGCUACAAUACAAGAACAUCAGUUGGUGUGCCAGUCAGUAUUCUAUGUGACCAAUCAAAUGGCAAAUGACACAACAGAGAGCAUGCUGCUACAUAGCCUAGUGAAUGUUCAUAUGGCCUACCAGAAACUUGCUCCCAGACUUACCUACUUUAGAGCCAUGAACAGUGUAUGGCCAGAAUGUAGUGCCACGAUAAUAGACUUAAAAACAAAGAAUCCUGAUCAUUUAAUGUUCAAGGAGCAGGCAUUUACGUUUUCGGCUUUGUGUAUUCUUCUUGAAAACCUUACGCCCAAAAGUACUGAUUUGAACAACCUACGUGGCCGGUCCCACUGGUUAAACAGAGUUCAUCGUUACAGACCUAUUGUAGAGAAAGUGAUCAGCUUACAUGGGGAAGAUCCAACACUGUAUGGGGCCCAUAGAAUUCAGUCAGUGCGUAGGGCAAAGGGAUUGUGGAGUAGAGUUAUGGUGGUGAAGUUGUUUCUGGAACAUGUCUGUGCAUCUGAGAAGGAAGACAAAAUUACAGUCAAACAUUGUAUGCCACUGUGGGCAUUGCUUGGUGAAGAGACAGAUUUGAAAGAUAUGAAGUCACUGGCAUGUGUGGAAAAAUUCCUCAAAAGUUGUAAUAAACUAGCAAUGAAGGAGUAUAUCGGGGAUGGAGUAAAAUGCAGCCAGUGCGAGUCUGUCCUGGAAGGGGCACCAAUUGCACUGCCCUGUAAAGAUGUUUUGUGUGACCAGUGCUAUGAUGGUAUGAAAGCACUGGGGGGGAAUUCAUGUGUAAAAUGCUACCAGCAAUUUCGUGAUGACUGGCAACCAGUGCGCCAAAUUGCGAAAAAAAAUGCCAUAGAUAAACUACAAAACUAUCAGGGAAGGUGCAACACAUUCUUCAUGGACAUUGUUUCCCAGUUAUGUUUUGCCGACAACAAUGCACCAUCGAAAGGGGUUGUGGAAAAGUUGCUUAGUUAUAUAUUUUUCACCACAAGUGGGAAUCACCAGCGCACACGAGAUCUGUCAAUAUUUAACACAGGAAUAGAUCCCAAUCCUGUGUUCAGAUCUUUCCUUCUACAGCUUUUUAUGAGAACAAGUGAGGAUAAUGUUAUAGAAAAUCUUGAACGUUAUUUAACUCAAGCAUCGGGUUUGAUUAAAAGCAAUUUACCUGAUCAAGAGCAACAGUAUGUUGAGCUGUGUUUGCUUGUCAUCCAGUGUUUAGAGGACAUGUUCACCCAAGAAGCAACUAGGACAGAUGUGGAUGAAAUACAGUAUACAUCUGAAGCCUUACAUAGAGCUACUCAAAACAUUGCAAGGGAAGGACUGUCUGUGGAGAAAUUAUAUGGAUUGGCUAGUGCUAGAAUGGGCCUCGCUGUUACAGCCAGAUAUGUUGCUGAUAUAGUAAUGAAUGACGUGGAUCCCAGACAUGUUAAUCGACGAUUGAGAAAACUUGUUGAGGCAGCUCAAGUACUAUGUGAGGAUACAGAUGUUAACUGGACAAGGAUAUAUCUGGUGAAACACAUCUGUAGAUGCUACGGUAUAGGUGUGUAUCAAACUAUAUGCAAAAACCCAAUACCAUUUCUUAGAUGGAUCGGUAUGAAAAAUGCAAACAGAGAUCAGGUUGUGGAAAUUUCAGACAGGUAUAUUGUAUGUGGUAACCAAUACAAAAGUAUCAGGGAAGCAAUAACAAAAGUGGUACUGGGUGAAAAUGUUGAGCAACUACUUGAAACAGUUCAGGUGUUGCAAACAGCUGGAUUAAAAGUUGAACCCAUGCUGCAACUUGCUGUACACAGAGAGAUAACAGGUUCAUAUUUGUACCCACAGCAACAGAGAAAACUAAAAACACAGGUCAUGUAUAAAUUGAAUAGAUUUGUUCAAGAUUGUGAAACAGUCAAAAAUAAGGGUUUCAUGCAAAAGCUGAUUAUGAACCAGCUGGUUCCAAGACAUCUUGUGACUACAGAAGGUGAAGAUUUACGCUUACAUGGAAUACAGUGCCUUAUUGUUCACUUUUUGUCUGUCAUGACGUAUUUGAAAGGAGACAAAACUCUGCUCCAUCCCUUACAGACUCUGAUGUCAAAUCCUCAAACAUGUGGUAACAUGUUUUUACCAACAAUGCCACAGGAUGAUUUAGAAGACAUAAAAGAAGCUUUGUUAGCAGCACGUCAGAACAAUGGAGGGGAAAAUCCAGUCUUCUACCGUUGUCCAAAUGGUCAUCCUUAUGUGAUUGGAAAUUGCGGUAGACCAUACGUAGUAGCCAGAUGUAAAUGCGGGGCUGAAAUAGGUGGACAAGGGCACAAGUUACUUGCAUCAAAUACCCAAGACACUGGGCGAGACAACACACUUACUGGUCAUAUCCUUGGACGUGUACAAGUCAGAGGACAAGGUCCGAAACCAGAGAGAACAUUGACUCCAGCUUAUACUGCAACUAUAAGACUUCUUCUGCAUAUGUCAAUGUUUAUUGGUGUCGGCAGUAACUUACAGGGUGUUCAUGCACUGAUAAAACCUGACAUUGAUAAUAACGGAGUAGAGGAAUUUCUUUGGGCACAUAUACAACAAGAUGUUGACGACAUCUACAGGACCCUUGGUAGAAGUGUUGAUGACGUUCUUCUUCUGAUGCAUACAACAGUGGACUACAUCAUGAGAGCACACAAUGAAGGCGACCAUGUAGGUGGCGAAGCUAGUCAGCUGUCAUCGAAAAGAGGAAGAAAUCAGUGGGAAGCUGGAUUUUCUGCCAAGUUUCUGCAGGCGUCAUUGAAGAAUAUUGACAAUGUCUUGAAAACGAACAAUCAGCUACUUGUUCAAGAUCAGAGACUUGGUGCUGAUCCUCUACUUUGCUUGUUGUACGAGACAGACACUAAUGUAUUGAGGGAGAAUCCAGCUGCUUUGGAGGAAAUUCCUAGAGUAUGGCGGUACAGAACGCCUAUAUCUCUGCAACAUCUUCGGCAAGAGGCAGAAGCCAAAGUAUCACAAAAGCAACACAAAGUGUUGCACUUAUUCCUGAAAGAGGAUCACCAUUUAAGAGCACUUCGAUACAUUCCGAGUAUCCUACGCCUUCAUCGAACCUUGUUCCAAAAAUAUCAAAGGAAAUUAGACAAAGCGGAGGCUUCACAAAUCUUAAUUGCUCAUCUGAAAAGAGAAGAAAUAGCUGGUGGGGAAACGAUGCAGUUGCUACAAGAUUUUGCAGAUGCCUGGGAGUUGGUCAGAGAAUCAUUGACUUUGUACUUGUGUCCAACAGAACUAGGUGGUAUGAUAGUCUCAAAGGAGUACUGUAACAAAAGUAUCACAGACAAAACACCAAUAUCUAUGCUGCUACCAACAACAAAAGAAGCAGGGCUCUGUUCUUAUGCUUUAUUAGACUUUCUGAUGAGAAAACAAAAUGAUUUCUUGGAUAAAUACUUGAAGGAAGCACACAGAAAAUCUGGUAGUAUAUCAAGCGUAAACCCCAAAGAGGUGACUUCAGCCCACCUGAUCAGCUACGACCCUCAGCAUGAUAUUCUGCCAUUAGUCCUAGCUAAUUGCCAAUAUUCUUUCGAGAUGGGCAAAGGGACAAAGAUAGAGUAUGAUUUUGCUGCCUUAGAAAGACAACUGAUGGAUAGAUUCUUGUUCUCCAAAUCCAGGAUCGAUGUUGGCAGAGUGUUAAUGAUUGAUCAAAUGGUAUACCGAACAGAGUUUACGAACGCGGAAGUUUUCAGGAAACUAGCUGACAAAAUACCACAGGAAACUUUAAGUGCUGCAGUAAAGACCCAGAUUUGCGGUGAGAUCAGAUCCCUUCCUGACCUUUGUACUUCACUAGACAAUCUAGAUAUCACUAUCAGCUUCCUCAAGUCUACAGGAGGCCAACCAGACAAAACGUUGCACGAGUUCAUGGAGAAAACACUUCAAAUGGAAACCACAAUACAUAGUCAAAAGGCCCAGCAGUCGUGUGAGUUCAGACAUGCACAGUCACUAUGGUUACUGUUGUCGCUACAGAAAUCCAAAAAGAUGAUGGACCACAAUCAGCAUACAGAGUCAACGUUCGAGAGCCUUUUGCGGGAGUUUCAUGAGGAAUUGCCAGAUGAGUUACUGAUCUUGUAUAGAGGCUACAUGAAGAAAUUGUCAAUCGACAAACUCAGCCAGCUGGUAGAAGUUCUUCACGAAUAUAUCCUGUUAGUUGUUGCCGUUAGACAGAAUCCGGAGGAUGACGACUAUACUGAUACAACCAAUAACAAACUUGGUGAAUGGCUAUAUGGGUAUGCAGACAGUUUUGACAAUCCACCACUAGAUAUGGCUGUAUUGACAGACUUCCCUAAGGACAUUUUAUACAAACAUAGUGUUCAUGCAUGGGUUAGUAGCUAUGGUAUGCUGAGAGAGAAACAAACUGGAAACUAUCGUCGAUUCUGAUCCGGCGGUAUAAGAGAGACGAUAAAGUACAAAUACUGGACCAACUUUAGACAUUGUGAUGUAACGUUUGUGAUCAUAUUCUGUGAUAUGAGUAUAUGAGAUAUUGAUACAGUUUCCAGUGUUGCGAUAAGAAAUUCAAAGUAGUAUUUUUGUAUUAUAAUGUUUGAUCUGCAUGUAACAAACCGUGUGCAUACUGACCCAGUGAUUAUUCGAUGUCAAAUUAUUUAAUUUAUGAAAGGAAUGCUAGACUUAGAAUAAUGAUAUGAUUGAAACUAUUGUUUACGUAAAUGUUAUGUUUCUUGCUCUCAUUUUGAACUUGUUACAAAUUGUUUUCGCUGAUUGUUUUGGAUAUUAGGUGAUGUUUUACAAAUGUUUUGUUCAAUGAUUUAUUUUUCCUCUUGCACAGUAUAGUAGUAGAGUAUAUUGCUGGAUUAUAUUUGUUUCGAUGCUCUCAAGUGUGCUCUUAGUUUUGUUUAAGUUGCCGGUAUAUUCAUAUUUCAUGUAAAAUAUGUAAAAUGUUAAAAGCGUUCUCAUUCUCAUAAACGAAAGAACAACACUGUACUAUUUGACUGAAAUAACUAUUUUAUAACAAAUGAUAACACAAGAUAAUAUUUAAGAAUACGAUUGAAAACAUACAUAGUGUAUUGCUUUAUUUUAUAUUUUCCCUUUUUCGUUAUCUGUCUAUGUUUGUGAGUUCUUAUAGAUAAGAAAUAUAUAAUAUUACUUUAUCACCUGGCUCUUUAUCCUUGACAUGUGAUAAACAGUGAUAAAUUACAAAAUCUCUUGCAACCUGAUAUGAUACAAAAUUAUUCCUUUUAUUUUUAUUGUAUUACGAUUUACCACUAAAAAUAAGAAACCAGUAAAUAACUCGGAUCUUUUCAGUGAAAUAUGAUAUGUUUAUCUGUUCUUGCCUUUAAUUGUUGUUAUUUAUUUGUUGCCUUUUUUAUUUGUUCUGUGUAGGAUUGUAUAAUCUAUGUGUUUUAAUGUUUUAAAACUAAACUACAUGCAAGAAAAAAUUUAAACGAAAUUAGUUUGAUGUAAUUCAAAGAGUUGGAAAUUUUGCUGUAUUAAAAUGGCAAAGUAUCAUUAAGUUUAGGCGGACCCUCUUUGAAAUAAACUGGCGAUGGCUGCAUGUUAUCAUUUGGCUAUAUAAUCCACACUAUCUAAUAGUGUACAUGGUAGGAACACACUAGUGUGUACGGAAUUAGUUGAAGGCUUUUAAUUGUGUCUUUGAUACCACUAUUUUAGAAUAGUGUUGGUAUUAAAUCGACGUAUUUAAAGCAAAUGAUAAAUCUUGUUAAGUUAAUGUUGUCUACCAUGAUUUAACUGGCGAUUUGUCUAAUAAUAAAAGCACAAGCAUUUGUAAUA